UUUUUUAAAAUAAAAAAAUUUUUUUUAGAUAAGGUGGAAAUAAUUAAAUAUUUAGGACGACUUUGGGAGUAUUUUAAAAUUAGUUUUUGGAUAGGGCUGAAUUCUAAAGAAAAUAUGGAAGUAGAAAUUGAGAAUUUCUUCGUAAACCAAAAAGAAAUGAGUAUAUUUAAUCAUGGUAGGGAUUAUUUAUAUCUUCAAAGUUACAAAAGAUGUACUGUGAAGACUAUAAAUGAAAUGCAAAACCCUCCAAAAAAGCCACAAAAAAGUAGAAAAGGUAAAGGGAAACAAGAUAGUAGUAGUAGUAGCAGUAUUCCCGUUGAUUCUGUUGACGGAGCAGAACAAUAUUUUAAGAGUUGUUUGGAUGAUACUUCCACAAAUGUAGCUAUACAAAAUUUUAAUGAAGAAGAAAGGAAAAAAAUGCAUUUAAAUAAAUUAAAUGAAUUGUUAAACAAUGAAGAAUUUAAACAAUUUUUGCAAUGCGAAGCAUACGGUAAUUAA